AAAUAAAAAAUACAACUGCAAAAAGAGAUGGAAGUGGGAGACCCGGAAUCAAAGGGGUUAUUAAAGAGAAAACAACAUAGGCGGGGAGAUGAUUUAGGAUUUUGUGUCGGGAAACAGCAUCUCACGUUGCUCUAUUAAUCCUCCUCAUCCAUCAUUCUUCUUUUUUCUUUUUUUUCCUUUUUUCGUCCAUGAUAUUUCUGUUUGUUUUAUUGAUGGAUGAUUAUGGUUUGCGCCUCAGAAAUCCCUUUUAAUUUCUUGGUAUGUUUGUACACACACACACACACACACACUGUGAGGCAUUUGUACGUUCAUUUCUUGCUUCUUUCUCUCCUUUUCCCCUCUUUGUUAUUGUUUUGAAUUCAAGCUCCUAGUUUUUCUGUUAUUUUUUUUGCUUGUGUUGUGGUGGAGCAUGUGCAUAUCCACUGUAAGAAAUGGGAAAUAGUUGUAGUAAAUUGGUCUGGCUGAUGGAAUUUCACUUUUUGUUCAUGCAUAGGCAAUAGGGGCUGCAAUAGCUCAUCGAUAACACUCUGGAAGGAGACCAAACGAGUUAGAUUGGUAUAAAUGGGGAAGGAGUAUAACGGAUCCCCAAAGCCUCAUCAGCUGAACAUGAGGCGAAAACGCAUCACUUACAUCUUAGGCGUCAGUUGUCUCUGUGUCAUCUUCUACGCUUUAGGCGCUUGGCAAGGCCGCAGCGUCCCCCCGUCCGGCACCCAGUUCUCGUCCCGUGUCGGCUGCGACGACACCCCGGCCUCCAAGGGGGACUCCGACUCCCCCUCCUCGUCUGACUCCCCCUUGGUCUCCGACACCCUCGACUUCGAGAGCCACCACCAGCUGGUCAUUAACACGUCCGAGCAGGCCGAGACGUUCCCCCCCUGCGACAUCAAGUACAGCGAGUACACCCCGUGCAACGACCGCCAGAGGGGGAGGCAGUUUGAUCGCGACAUGCUCAAGUACCGGGAGAGGCAUUGCCCCACCAAGGACGAGCUUCUUCGUUGCCUCAUCCCUGCUCCGGACCGUUACAAGGCGCCUUUCAAGUGGCCGCAGAGCAGGGACUACGCGUGGAUUGGCAACAUCCCUCACAAGGAGCUCAGCAUUGAGAAGGCUAACCAGAAUUGGAUCCAAGUCGAGGGUGAUCGCUUCAGAUUCCCCGGUGGAGGGACUAUGUUCCCGCGUGGCGCUGAUGCUUACAUUGACGACAUUGCUGCCCUCAUCCCCCUCAAGGACGGAUCCAUCAGAACCGCCCUUGAUACAGGCUGUGGCGUUGCUAGUUGGGGGGCUUACCUGCUGAAGAGGGAUAUAAUCGCAAUGUCUUUUGCUCCGAGAGACACGCACGAAGCACAGGUGUGGUUUGCACUGGAACGAGGCGUCCCUGCAAUGAUCAAUGUUCUUGGCUCACAGCGGCUCCCUUAUCCAGCUAGGGCUUUCGACAUGGCUCAUUGCUCCCGUUGCUUGAUCCCGUGGUCCAAAUAUGAUGGAAUGUAUCUAAUGGAAGUGGAUAGGGUGUUACGGCCCGGUGGCUACUGGAUCCUCUCCGGUCCUCCCAUUAACUGGAAGAAAUACUGGAGAGGUUGGGAGAGAACUCAGGAAGAUUUGAAGCAAGAGCAAGACUCGAUAGAGGAUGUAGCCGCACAGCUGUGUUGGAAGAAAGUAGUUGAGAAGGGCGAUCUCGCUAUCUGGCAGAAGCCUCUCAAUCAUAAUAACUGCGUGGAUCGCAACAUUUGCAGCUCCGGCAGCGCUGAUGCAGGCUGGUACAAGGACAUGGAAACUUGCGUGACACCGCUUCCCGAGACGCGAGACGCAGAGGAAGUGGCCGGGGGUGCGGUGAAGAAGUGGCCAGAGCGCGCAUUCUCGGUCCCACCAAGGAUCAGCAGCGGAUCAGUCCCGGGCGUGACUGCCAAGACGUUCGAGGAGGACAACAAGAUGUGGAAGGACCGGGUGGAUUACUACAAGCGCCUGGUGGGAAAGCUUUCGCAGGGGAUGUACCGGAACGUGAUGGACAUGAAUGCCCACCUGGGGGGGUUCGCGGCGGCCGUGGUGAAGUACCCGGUGUGGGUGAUGAAUGUUGUUCCCAUGGGGACGGAGCUCCCUGACACGCUCGGGGUGAUCAAGGAGCGGGGGUUCAUCGGGACGUACCAGGACUGGUGCGAGGCGUUCUCGACGUAUCCGAGGACGUACGACCUCAUCCACGCGGGGGGCGUGUUCAGCGCUUAUCAGGACAAGUGCGAUAUAAGGUACAUAUUGCUGGAGAUGGAUAGGAUAUUGAGGCCGGAGGGGACGGUGAUAUUCAGGGAUGUGGUGGAGGUGUUGGUGAAGGUGAAGAGCAUAGCUGACGGAAUGAGAUGGCAGAGCAAGAUUGUCGAUCAUGAAACGGGGCCGUUUUAUACCGAGAAGAUUCUUGUUGCCACCAAGAAUUAUUGGACUGCUGAUUCCAACCAAAAAGCUCUAUGAUUUCGGAACUAAAUUCUGUUUUGUUUUUUUGGGAUGGGAGUUUUCUACUCAAAAUGCUGUAGUUGGAUGCUGACAACUUGUGCUUCAUAUCAAUAAUUUGUGUAGUGACAAGUUUUGGCAGUUAGCUACAUUUUGAAGUAUGCUACAACUAAUCAUAUAGUAAUACGUACUAGUUUUCUGAGUAA